AUGAAGUUUCUUACUUUCCUUUACACGUUUCUGAUUGUAUGCUUGCAUUCAUCUUCUGCAGCCACCAACUAUAAUGUGUUGAGUUUUGGAGCCAAAGGCGAUGGAGUAACAGACUCCACUCAAGCAUUUCUCAAUGCAUGGGCUGCAGCCUGUGGCUCUACAGAAUCAACCACCAUUUAUGUACCAAAAGGAACUUACUUGCUCGGCUCCUCCGUGGCUUUUAAAGGCGACUGCAAAAGCUCUGAUAUUAAAAUACUCAUUGAUGGAACACUGGUGGCUCCGUUAGAUUACAAUGUCCUUGGUGAAGCUGAUAAUUGGCUAAGCUUUGAAGGGGUUGACAAUGUUUCCAUCGUCGGUGGGACAGUGAAUGCAAAUGGAUCGGCUUUAUGGGCUUGCAAGGCUGCCAGCUAUAAUUGUCCCACCGGAGCCACGACAUUGAGCUUUACAAACUCAAACAAUAUCAGAAUCAAUGGAGUUUCGUCACUAAACAGUCAGAUGUUUCACAUUGUGAUCAACGGUUGUCAAGAUAUCCAUAUUGAAGAAGUUAAUGUCACAGCUGCUAGUGAUAGUCCCAACACAGAUGGUAUACAUGUUCAGUACUCUCGAAAUGUAAUGAUUACAAACUCGUCUAUACAAACUGGGGACGACUGUAUCUCCAUUGGCCCGGGAACGAAGAACUUGUGGAUUGAAAGUAUCACCUGUGGUCCUGGCCAUGGCAUAAGCAUUGGAAGCCUAGGCAAAGACAUGGAUGAACAAGGAGUAGAAAAUGUGACUGUCCAGAAGACCUUUUUUAAAGGUACCAAGAAUGGGUUUAGGAUAAAGUCUUGGGCGAGGCCUAGCAAUGGAUUUGUUGAAGGUGUUCGAUUCAUUAAUGCCACCAUACAAAAUGUUCAAAACCCUAUCGUCAUUGACCAAAACUAUUGCCCUCACAAGUUAAAUUGUCCUCGCCAAGUAUCUGGGGUAAGAAUUAGAGAUGUAAUGUAUCAAGACAUUGAAGGAACAUCGGCAACAACUGUGGCUAUAAAAUUUGAUUGUAGUACUUUGUAUCCAUGCACAGAGGUUCGAUUGCAGAAUGUAAAUUUGACAUAUUUGAAUCAUGUGGCUCAAUCUUCUUGUAAUAAUGUGAUAGGAGAGACACUUGGAUUGGUUCAACCAAAUACUUGUCUGUAA